UUAAAUUAUGUUUAAUUAACGGACGUUUGAGUGCAUAAGAUGACUCCAUAAACCAACACAGACUUCCAUGUCUAUGUGAUAUAGCUGCAGUAAUAAAUGAACAGGCCCAUGGUUUUCAGAGCAGCUCGAAGGGGCGGAACUCAAAGCUUGCAGCUGAAUGCACUGUUGACAGCGCUCAGGAGGACUGGCUGCACACUGGUCGAGCAGAAACACACCGAAAUAGAUCAUGAGGGAGAACAGGACUAUGCUUUUGCAAAUAUCCGAUAUUACAUUUGAUCUACCGUGGUGUCUGUUGAUACUGUCCCAUAACCUUUGCACUAUAUCCAGUUUACGCACACGCUGAGAGCUGUUUGGCUGUUUACUUGGUUGACUUAAUCUACUGGAUUGUGUUAUGGGCAUGAGCCAUUGCACCAUCCCUGAGCGUCGGCAGAAGCCCGAGAAGGACGCAAGGGUGUGCACUGUGUUCUAAGAACGAGCAAGUAGGAAUAAUAACCAGACAUCGGAGAACAACGAACAACGACGUGAAUUAUGUCUUACUAUAACAGAGAACUGGUGGUAUCUUUUAUCAAAUAUAAACUCUCACAGAGGAACUACCCCUGCAACCACAUUGGACUCACAGAUGACUCAAAUCGGACUGAUGGGGGGCAGGCAGCUGAAGAGAAUGGCGAGGGAGCGGCAGGAACGACGACCCUUGUUAAUGGCUCCCUAAAUGGAAUGAGUGCUAAUUCCACUGGGACACCACCACGGUCCCCUACUUCAUCCCCCCAGAAUCAGACAAACGGGACUGGGGGUCUGGACGCAGUGAAGGAGGCACUCCGCGAUUCUGCCAAUGAGUUUGAGCUGCGCUAUUCCCGAGCUUUCAGUGAUCUCUCCUCCCAGCUCCACAUCACGCCCGCCACGGCAUACCAGAGCUUCGAGAGCGUUAUGGAUGAAGUGUUCCGUGACGGCGUCAACUGGGGUCGCAUUGUGGGUCUGUUUGCCUUCGGAGGGGCUCUGUGUGUCGAGUGCGUGGAGAAGGAGAUGAGCCCAUUAGUGGGGCGCAUCGCAGAAUGGAUGACAGUCUACUUAGACAACCACAUUCAGCCUUGGAUCCAGAGCCAAGGCGGAUGGGAGCGCUUUGCAGAGAUCUUUGGGAAAGAUGCAGCAGCGGAGAGUAGAAAGUCAGAAGAAAACUUUAAGAAGUGGUUGCUGGUGGGAAUGACCUUGCUCACUGGUGUUAUGUUGGGGUCAUUCAUUGCACAGAAACGCCUGUGAGAAGACAGAUAACUGAAGAUCCAACUUCACUAGACCUCCAGCAAAGAUGAAGGAACUUACAAAUAAUUUUGUUUCGGAUUUGUUUCUUUCCCUUUUAUUGCCAAGAAAUGUCCUGUUUACAUCCCACGUCCCACCGUGUACUGUUGACUGAAUGACACGCACCUGAGAUUUCAUAUCACACGUCACCCAGACCUUUGGAAAUGCGAAGCCACGUGUCCUUACGCCCUGUUUGACGAAAUGAUAAAAAUGACACAGAAAGAAAAAAGUUUGACCAAACAUUCAUUCUUUGUUUCUCUUUGUUUUUUUAUAAAUAAUUAUUUUCAGCCUAAGUCAGUUUUAAGGUAUCUUUAUUACUCUCUCAUUUUCAAAGAGAUUGGCAACUAACAGGGAUACAAAUAUUUUAUCUUUAAGUCUAAAUUAAGCUUGUAUGCAAUCCUUGAGGUAAUUAUCUAAUGAAACAGAGGAAGCUGAAACUGAAGUAUCCAGUUGUUAAAUCAUCACUGACAUCUCUUUGAAAUGUUGGUGUGCAAGAGCUAAAGAGACACUACACUUCAGCUCCUGCUUCUUCUGUUGAGCAACUGGUGGAGAAAUCAGACUGUGAUCUCUCUCUACCAUUAGAAGGCAAUGUGGAAAACAUGUCAGUUCUCUUAGUUUAUUUAAUUAUUAUUCUGUUCAUUUUCACAUGCAGAUUUGUUUAUCAACAAUAAACAAGAGUGUUU